AUGCCUCGGCCUGCUCAGGCAGAGGAUCUCUAUGAAGUUCUUGAUGCGUUCACGGAGAAGUAUGAGAGCGAAGGACAGCGGAUCAACGCGAGGAGAGCCGCCCGGGAGCGCAGGAAGGCUUCGGCUCAAGAAUUACCUCCAAAACCCCUGUCAAGACCACAGCCUUCAUCUCCACAAAGCCAGCUGAGCUCUGGCUCGCAGAAUAACAGAAACGAAUAUAAGCUCUACCCUGAACUACCCAGCUAUCCAGAGAGACUUGGCAAUUCCAGUCGACCCACAGAAGUGACAGCACUUUAUUCUUUUGAAGGACAACAGCCGGGGGAUCUGAGUUUUAAAGCUGGAGACAGAAUCACAGUGACAUCAAACACGGAUUCGCAUUUUGAUUGGUGGGAAGGCAGGCUUCGGGGUCAGAUUGGCAUUUUCCCAGCCAACUAUGUUACAAUGAAUUAA